GGAAAGUGUAGACAGUCUUCCGUAUCACACAGGCAAGGAGAUGUCGCGCCUCUUGCUGCUGCUGCUCGCAGGAUCCUACCUGGUGGUGUUCUGCGUGCCACACGCCAUGGCUCAAGACGACACCGAGCCGACUGCACGAGACGAUAAUGACGAUGAUGAUGACGACGACGAGUACUACUACUUCUACUGCGACACCGUCAGUGAGCCUCUGUCAUUUCGGGCGGGGGAUGGUGGAGAAGAGGAGGAGCCCAAUAUCAGCCAAAUCUUCGCCCUUAGAACGGUCAGCAGCGACGGCUCGUCGCCGGACGGAUCCGAGGGAACAAAUACUGAACACGCGUCACGGAAAGGAGCACCUGCACAUGCCGGCCUAGCCAGGACAGCGGCUCAUGCCAAAGCCAGGGCAGCAGGCAAAGCCAGAACAGGAGACAAGAGUGCCGCCAAAGCUAGGACAGCUACCAAGAAGGCUGGCAGAGCAGCGGCGAAGGCUGCCGGGACACACCACCAGUGACUGCUGUCCCAUCGGUGAACAGUCAAUGGAUGCAGGUCAUCACUGCGAU